CAGUCAGGCGAUCGCGCUCAAGAUGCACGAGGAUGACGAUGACAAUGUCCUGCUGCUGCUGUGCGACGCUUACUCGAGUCGUAAAACUAGUCUGUCCAGUGUCCGCCGUGAUGUACACCAGCUCGUGGUGGAGAGUGCAUGGCGCGCCGCCAUGUGCACACGCCACUACCUGACGGUACGCUGCUUGGAUGCACCCUGCGCCGCCGCGUGGAUGGCUCUCUACAAGAACGGCCUCGACUCAAACUUUUGAAAUGCUACAAGUCUCACGAGGACUGCCUUCAAGAACUUGUUGCGGAGAUUCUCGCGAUUCUACUGCAUCCACUCGGCAGGAAGUAGAGGCCGACCGCCGAAGUUACGGUACCAUCACCAAGCAUUAAGCCUCAUCAUUUGCUUCUAUAGAGAGCUCUACGCUCUGCAUGCUGUUCGGGGUGCCCCCCCCCAGUACGUUGUCGAGAUCACUGUGCAGAACGGAAGAGGCGCUGUUGUGUGCCAUUCUGGACUUCACUCCGGCACGUAUCUCGUGGUCGUCGCCGUCUCGACAGCGAGAGCUGGCAGAGAUGGUGAAUGCACGCGAGCCUCUGUUGCAACACACAUUUGGGUUUGUAGAUGGCAAGAACUUCCGCGUACGUCUGC